UUCGUCGCAAGAGAAAAAAUGGAGAGAUUCGACUCAGCGACAGAGUUUUCGUUGCUCGUCAAAAAGGAAAAGCGAGAAGAUGAGGUGUAGAAAAACCAAAAAGUCCUCAAAGUGUAGCAAGAUUCUUAGAAACGCAACUAAGUAUUAACUAUAAAUGAUAACUAUCCCGCCUACGUGUACGUGUACCUGUAAGUGUACGUAAAAAUAACAUCAACGUUCUCCCACAUCCACUAGAAGGUCUUCCACGACUCGAAGAUGGCUCAGCGAAAAUGACUGGUGAAGUCACCUGAUAAUGAAAGGAACAUGUCCGUUUGCGGACGGGCAGCAUGGGGGUCGAACGUCCGCUCUGUUCGGUCCGCCGCUUGUCUGGCCUUCAGACAGGUAGUGCUCAUCAGAAUCAGUUUUCUGCUGGUCUCUAUUCUUCGUAGUUUCAGUGUUCAUGUUGCUGCGCUGAGCCAAGCACCUCCAAGUCGGCAGACCGGGUGGUCGAGAUCGCCAUGGGCGGAAAGAGGAGAUAGUCAUGUCAGGGAAAAUGGUGACGAGGCGACGUCAUCUGGGGAACAAGAUGACGAAUUCGAAAUCGUCGAUCCGUCGUAUGAAUAUUCGACGUCGCGAGAAGAUCUCCUUUCAGCGGAAGAUCAUGACAUUCUCGAAGGAGAAGACUCUCCGUCCUCUGCAACCAGGACGACAGCCUCCGCAGAAACUACGAGCAGCGCGCCCUCAACAUCUCAUCAACAUCUGCUUAGACAUGCGGAGAGACCUCCACAAUCGCAAUUUCAGAUCGUGGAUGCGUCUGGGAAAGCGACAGGAGUGGAGGGCAUCUCGACAACGACGUCUAGCUCGAGCGGUGACGCGACAAGAACAACUACGGAAGAUUCAGCUCAACUAAAUACGGGAGCGGAGAAGGAGCGUCACCAAGAAGCACAAUCUGCUAGCAACGGUAUCGUGGGAAAGCUGCAGGGAGAGCGCACGACUCCACGAGCUGCAGGGAGAGCGCACGCCCAGAAAGCAGUGUCUGUAUCUGGGAGCGCGGAUCAUAGAGAAGAUGACGCCAGUUCUUUGAAUGCCGGUCCUUCUGCACUUCAUCAGCGAACGAGUGUUGAAUCAGAGAAAACGGAAAGUCAAGCGGAGGUCUUUUUGGAUUCUAGUGCAGAAGCUACGAAUACGACGAACAGCACUGCAGCUAAUGCUAUUGCUAAUGCUGCUCCAGGAGUAUUUAUUUUAGCCGUCUUCCUCUUCGUUGACUUGUACGAUUUUGAUUUUUACUUUGAAAGAAAGUAAAUGACAAUGACUCAGACUCAGUGCUCUCUCUUCUACUUCAGCUGUACCCUCUUCGUGAUUGGCACACUUCUCCCUCCAGGUGGUGACAAUUUCGGAUCCAACCACCACAUCAUUAAUCAGGCAGCCACCAUCUCCUACCCCGCUGGGAGCACGGUUUAUCAUCACGGUGGCUACACUCCGAUAACCGAAGGUGACCGAACGCAUGCGCAGCAUGUGAUCAAAUUUGCGCCGAUUAUUAAGGUGAACAGUGAUAAUGGCAAUCCUGGAGGCCGCGACAACAUGGCUGAGAUGAUGAAAAUGAUGAUGGACUCAGUGGGCAAUUCUCAGAUUACGGCUCUACAUUGACUCUAUUCAUCUUCCUUGUUGACUGCAUCCUUGACUCUACUUCAAGAGCUUUUUUUUUUGACCCGUGCAUUUUUUCCUUGGUACUCGUCAGGGAUGCAGCAGCUAUGUAGCUGCGAAAGCGAUGAAUUUUUAUUGGUCGUGGGUCUAAUCAGAGAGCCAGCCAAUUCUUCGCCAAUGCAGGCGCAGCCAACAACAACUAUCAGACGUGGGCUAGUCAACAACAGUCAUCCCAUCAAAACCAGAAAUUGCUGGAUGAAGUCCACCGUUUAGAAUCGAAAAUCCAGACAAUGCGAGACGAUUUGAGGCGUCAACAGACAGGAGCACAAUUAUAUGGCGGCUAUAGUGGAUAUCAGAAUCAAUACAACUACAACAUUAAGGCUAGAAGACACUCAAUCCAUCUUGACACUCACAGGCAUCCUGAGACCGUUUUCAAGGGGAAAAGGUCUUCGGAUGCGUCUCGUCAAGAAGAUGGAUCUUUCUUAGUUCUUCUAACAAGGAUCAAGGAACAGGUGGCGUUGGUACGACUCGGGGAAUUUACAACAACAAUCUUCCGGGGGGAGGAGGAGGGCAAGGAUCUACUUCAACUGGGGGAACAAUAGGACCAAACACAGGCUCCGCAGACAAGAGGACGAUUCUAAGAACCAACGCUGUGAUCCAGAGUACCGUAAGCAAAGCCCUCCAACAGAGCAACGCAAUGCCACCAGACUGUGUCUACCAAUGGCAACGUGCUAGUGUAUACUCAGCGAAGGCGAACGAACUCGCCAACAAUUAAGGCUAGAAGACAUCCAUCUACUUGUUUACGGGCAUCUUGGUCCCGUUUCUAAAGGGAAAAGGGGACCCAAGAUGCUACUGACGAUCAUGGACUUCUCUUAGUUCUAAAACAAGUACGACGACGAGAAGGCUACGUCAGAUCCCGCUCAGCAACAACUCCUUCUACAGGCAUCUGAGAUGACGCACUUGGCAUUGACGUACAUGAAACAUGCGAUUGCGUGUGUUAAUUACUCCACCUCAACGUCAAACGCGGGUAUGGGAAUGGCCGGCGGAGCUGUACCAACCGCACCUGCUGGAGGAGGUAAUCCUGCGUACAAUAACAACUACGGUGCACCAGCUGCAGGUGGAGCAGCUGCAGGUUCUCCUUACAACUCUUAUCAACCUCCUCCGACCUAUAAUCAGAUGAAUUAUCCACCAGCAGGAGGAGCUCCUUAUCCAGCAGCACCUCAAGUACCUGGUACUAUGAUGCCUCCUGGAGUCGGAGGUGCUCCUCCAUACGGAAUGUUAAGGCUAAGUAUACAUAAAUAGAUAAUUCAUCUUUAUUCGGAGGUGCUUCCUUGAACAAAUGUAUGGGCGAGUAUUCUCGUGCUAUUGCUAUACUCUUCAAGGAUGCAGUAGAAAGAGGAACUACGGAGAGCUCUAAGAAUAAAUCCAGCAUACCCAACUGGUGGUGGAGGUGUCAUGCCAGCGCAGUCACCUGGCGGAAUACCGUCUCAAGUCCCUGGAGCAGGCAUGUCAUCUCUCGGACCUGCAUCUUCGACAACUGAUGCGUAUGGGUACUUGAAAUCUUGGAAAUCAUCUAAGAAGCUACACUCUAGGAAUUUGAAGUGACAACGUUCCCAUUUUUGCUGGAUGUGGAUGAGCUUGUGGUUCCUCUUCAUGAAAGCUGUUGUAGUUUUUACCUCUGUCACGUAGAUGUCCUAUCGGUAUUCCUUCAAGCAAAACACUUAAAUGUCUGCUCCCGGUCUUUGGUAUAGCCUGAAUUUGAUCAUAUUAUGGGAAAACAAGAAGAGAACCCUCGUGAUCAAAUUCAGGUUCUUACCAAAUACCGUGGCCAUUCAUUAAAGACGUUUUUCUUUUUCACUCCACCAAGUCGUGCAAGUUCUGAUCCUUCUCUCCACUUCACCCAACUACAGCAACACCGUCGCAGUGUUACCUCCAUCAGUUCAGGCGGAUCCUAUCAGGCUGGCUGCAGAGGAGGAAAGUGGGGCCUUGUGGUCUAUUUUAUCUCGAUUCUGGUACAAGUUGACUUACUGGAUCGGCAACGUGGACACACCUACACAGGAGAAACAAGCCUACAAUGCGGAGCUGUCUAAUCUGGAGAUGCUGAAUCAAGAGAAAUUAUGUUCUUGUUCGGUUGAUGUGCAUGUGGAUGUUCUUGGACCUAAUAAAGAUUAACUAAUCCACUAUCGUCUAGAACAACUGCAUUAUGUUCUUGUUCCGUUGAUGUGCAUGUGGAUUUUGUUAUAAUUUUGGAUAGCGCCACCUUCGUAAGCAUUUGGCAAGUUCAGAACUUGGUCAAUCAUGUCAAAUAAAAUUUAAUCGAAGAAUCAAUAGUCCUUUUCUUCAACUUCAAGGAGAAAAGGGAAGGAAGUAGACUAAAAGUGUGUACAAAUUUGUCGGGCUGCGACAUAAAACACAACAACUUGCGCCACCUCUUGCUAGGCACAUUCAAUAUGAUGAAUUCUCGUUCAAUAUGAUGAAUCCAGCCUUAACGUUCCGUAUGGAGGAGCACCUCCGACUCCAGGAAGCAUCCUCAUUCAAUAUGAUGAACCAACGAGGACGUACCAGAUACUAUCACCAUCCUCGUCCUCCUCUAAGAACCGACUCCGGCAUGUCACCGCGCAGUGACGAUGAAAUUGUCCGAGACAUUAUUUCCACGCAACAGGGUCUUAUGAUCCUACAUGACGCUGCUCUUCAAGCAGAAGUUCAUGUUGUGCGCAAAUGUGGGUGGUAUUUCCUGUUCCUCAUGGCCUUACUCUUUGCUGCCGGCACCAGUUACUACUCGCAUUACAGAUACAACUCCUGGUUUGCGGUAUUUUUGCCUUUGCUAGCUUGCUGCUGCUUCCUGAUACCGAUUCCACCGUUCCUAGGAGGUGCUUUUCAACAAGAACGUGGUGGUGGAGGUGAUGGGAACAACUUCUUCGAAGGUGGUCGAGGAUUAGAUGAUCCUAAUAUGGGUAGUACUAUGGCGGGAGGAGGAAAUGAUUACGGAGGUGGAGGAGGCGAUCAACUAGGUGAUGGUGGGUAUGAUGAUCAAGAAAACAUAGGAGGAGAUGUUAGAGGUCGUGGAUAUUAGCAUUCCAAUCAAGAUAGACUCAGAUGAUGUGAAAACAUUUUUAUCACACGCUGCAAUAGAUUUAGAUACUUCUUAGUCGUUAUGAUGAAAUUAAUCCCUCAUGAUCUUGUUGAUCAUUCUGUAAUCUUCCCUUAUUCUUAACCAUGAUUCGCUUAAUAAAUGAACUUUUUUCUCCUCAACAUUUCAAAUGAACUACUAUUCAAAUAUCGUGAAAACGAACCUUCUAGUUCCGAGAAUACAGAUGCUUAGCAUGAAGAUGAACAACUUGAACAAGAACGCAUCGUAUAUUGCAAAGCAAGACGAUUUUGAUCGAACUUAUCUCAAUUUUUAAUGCCGAAGAAAAUGCACCGCAAGUUUAGUCAUCCUUCAACAUUGCGCAGGUUGCUGUAAUAAGUAAAUCUAAAUAUUUGUCAAAACUUUAAUAUUAUAGUGCUGUAAAAACAGUAUCAGUAACAGGUUGUAAACUCUAGCACAGGACAGUCAGAGAAUUGCUACGGCCCUACUUGCCGCAUGACGGGGUUGAUGUUCUCAACAACGAUGCAUAGAAUGGCGAGUGCCCG